GUCAAAAUAUUUAAACAAAUCGACUUACCCGAACAAAAUCAAUCAGAACUAGAGGACGUCGUAGGUGCCCCCUGUCUUCUCCGUUGAUUCAUCAGGCGAAGAAGAAUAGGCAUAGCACACGCCACAACACAAGCGCUGGACCCUGCAUUUUCACUGCGUCACUACUACGCAUGACGUAUGCCUACACGUCGGCCACGCUGACUUGCAUGAAGCGGUGUCCCAUUUCUUAGGGAAAGAUCUCUACCCUAAUAUUUCUCACUUCCCUCAUCAAGGGUUAUCUCGCAAACAAGAGCACUCAAUACCAAGUGGAAGAUAUAAGCGGUAGAAAUGGGACAGGCCCUAAGUACGCCAAGUUCGGACUUGCGCACUUGGGAGUUCGGACUUGGCAAGUUCUACUCGGGAGUACAAACUCCCAAGGACAGCUGCCAUUGCCGCUGGUCUGUGAGAAAUGUAUUCUAGGAUACCUGGUUGUCAAAAGUCCACACAAGUAACCUCCUGAUGCAUCCCCGAUGGUACAGACUGUACUUGGCUGGAUGCGGACUUUGAAUUGGAACAGUACUUGGGCUGCGACGGAUGACGUGUCACAAGUCCGCAAGAACACAAGUACAGGCAAGACCGUAGAUUGAGAAACGCCUUUAGCCUCCUUUCUGGGACGUUUUUUAGCAUACACUCGGGGUGAGGGCCUUUUUCUGACACACAGAGGCUUUACAUACCACAGAACGCGACUCUGAAGCAUCCACAGAGAAACAUUCUUGCAGUAUGCAGCAAAAUGGAAAAAUUAUUCUUUCCCACACAUACAGUAAUUAGUCAGGACUUGAAAAACACCUCCGGAAACCACAACAGUUUACCAACUGUGUGUGUGCCAUUAUUAUGUUUCUAAUUUUAGCUUCUUGUUGCUGCUUUAGCCUCUGACAACAGAGUCAUAAACGCAGGUGGAAAGACGUCACAGGCACCAGCAAAAACAAUUAAUGGCGCAGUUCUUUGUUCCAUGUUCAUCUUAAAAAUUGGACCACUGUCAAAGACACACGUAAAGUAAAUCCAUGAUGACUCACUGCCUUUAAUCUAUAUCACAAGAAGCAUUUCACCUGUGAAUGACGUCGCAUUUACCAACACAUAUCUUUUCUUCAUCUUGAUUAGCACACAUGGGUGUUAGAGGCUUUGCACAGUGUGACACCACAGCUACAACCUACCUACACAUUUUCCAGGACUUAUAAGUUAAGUCUGAAUUGUUAACAUAAAAGAAAAAAAAGGCUUACAUCAGCAGACACUCACGCAUCAUGUGAAAUCAUCUUACAGGAAAACAAAACUCAGAACAAGCGUCUGACUCAGCAAUGUGACCAAUUGCUUCUUCUCAUGGCAUUUACUGUGAAUUUCCUGCAAAAAUCAGAGCAUGUUGAUAAGUUGACCCAUGGGGGUCAGGCUCAGGUUGGAGUUGGGGGGAGGAGCGAGGAGGGGAAUGGACCCAGACUGGGACUAUUUAAAUGGAGGGGGGAAACCUGCAGAGGCAUGUGUCAUCUCUCUGUCAUUCGGUGUUACAGGAGCACAGACACAGUGGAAAAACACAGGAUGCACAUCUUCCGGGCCCUUGUCUAUGUCUCUCUGGUUGUGGCUCCUGGGUGCUCAAGUCUUCCAACAAAGGGAGACUCCAUCAGGAAUACGAUACACAGCAUCAUAAACAUAGCUCAGAUAACCCUGGUCCACAUCAAGAAACUACGGACGAGGUUGCCGGCGGCUCCACAGAUCGAACCCAGCACCCCCUCCAUCGACGGACUAACCAGCAUCACUCAAGAUCUCGGACUUUUGGACAAUGAACUGCAGAACCCCGUCACGGAGCUCCUCAGCCAGAUCCAGGCUGACGUCUCCAGCCUGGAGGGAAGGGUGCGCUCCUUCGCCCUCACCAUGGACUGUCCCCUUCAGGCUAGACCGAGCGGAGCGACCGGCGACAGCGUGUUCCCCGACAGCCAGCUCCACCUGACUCUGACCAAGGUGCAGCGCUACCUGGAGAAGUUUAUUCUCCACAAGGACAAACUCAAGGUCUGCUGAGAAAUCCAUAUCAUAUUUCAUAUACUAAGCCUUGCCACGAUGCAAAGAUGCAGGCUGCACUAGUAGCUCAGUGUAGCCAACAAUUUCAUAUUUAUCAUAUACCUUUAAAACAUAUUUCAGCAAUAAUGCUCUUCCUCUGGUUUGUGCAUGUAAUGCAGGUAGCUAUUGAGGUGCAUAUUUUUAAUUUUUGUACUGCAAAGCUUUUACAGAGGUUUGAAAAAUAUGCUGUAGAUUUAUUUAUAUGAUCUGAAUUAUAUAUAAAGUGUUUUAAUAUUGAUGCAGUUUGAAAGAUGUUUUGUGUGAUGGUAGAGGUAUUUUAUUAUGUGCAAGAUAUUUUAAGGAACAGUGUAGAAAACUCAUGUGCAAUAAUGAAAGUGCAAUGUUAGUGGUAUUUGAUUUGAAAAUGAAACAUUAAGCUAAGGGUCAGUUAACAUUACUGAAAUGUCAUUUAUAUUAAACAUAUAAUAAAGAUUUUAGUCUGACGCACAAAUUUAGACCAUAGGAGGAAGUAAAAAUAGCACAUUUAAAUCACUAUGAAUGUGCAAUGUGAUGGUAUUUGAUUUGAAGAUGUAUGUUUAUUGUAAUAUUUUAAUAAGCAGAGACUUUAAGCUGAUGGUCAGAAGGAUGUAAGACUGAAAUGUCAUUUAUAUUAAACAGCAAUAAAGAUUUUGGUCAUUA